CAGUAACACGCUAUGAGUGGUACAACCAAGUAGCGCACUCAGUUGUCCUCCAUCACUGGACGAGCUUGCUUCCAGUUCUUGCCUACCUCUUUGUUCAAGAGAUGGCUGAGGUUGUGGGCUUGUACACGGCUGCCUCAUUGGUGGUGGCUGCCAUCAUGACCUUGAUUUCGUACUUCACCUAUAAGCUCCUGAGCAGUUACAUGCGCAACUGGAAAGAGAUGAAAAUGAUCCCAGGAAUAGACGGAACAUACCCGCUGAUCGGCAAUGCACUGCAAUUCAAAUCCAAUGCCAGAGACUUCUUCUGCCAGUUGGUUGGCUACACAGUCCAGUUCCGGGAUACACCGCUGCUCAAAGUCUGGAUUGGCCCUGUGCCAUUUCUCCUCUUGUUUCAUGCUGAGACUAUUGAGACUGUGCUGAACAACCCUGUUCACAUGGACAAGGCCUAUGCCUACAAGUUCCUUCACCCGUGGCUUGGAACAGGCCUUCUGACCAGUACUGGGGACAAAUGGCGGCGGCGCCGAAAGAUGCUGACCCCCACCUUCCACUUCUCCAUCCUGACUGAGUUUCUGGAGGUGAUGAACGAACAGGCCGAGGUUCUGGUGGAGAAACUGGACAAGCAGGCAGGCAAAGGACCCUUCAACUGCUUCAACCACAUUACACUCUGUGCCCUGGACAUUAUCUGUGAAACGGCUAUGGGGAAGAAAAUCUACGCCCAAAGUAACUAUGAUUCGGAAUAUGUGCGUUGUGUGUACAGAAUGAGUGACAUCAUCACCCGGAGACAGAGGAUGCCCUGGUUUUGGCCAGAUUUUAUGUACAACGUUUUUGGGGAGGGCAAGGAACACGACAAGAGCCUGAGAGUCCUUCAUUCUUUCACAGAGAGUGUGAUUAAUGAGAGGGCGGAGUAUAUCACAUAUAUUGAGUCAGACAGCGAAUCGGACCAAGGCAGGAGGAAGAGGCGGGCCUUCCUGGACAUGCUGCUGAAGACCACAGAUGAGGAAGGCAACAAGCUCACCCACAGGGACAUCCAGGAGGAAGUGGACACCUUUAUGUUUGAGGGUCACGACACGACAGCCGCCGCUAUGAACUGGGCUGUUCACCUGCUGGGCUCCCACCCAGACGUGCAGCGCAAAGUCCAGCAAGAACUGCAGGAGGUGUUUGGUGAGUCGGACCGUCCAAUCAAUGCGGAUGACCUGAAGAAGCUGCGGUACCUGGAGUGUGUGAUAAAGGAGGCGCUGCGGCUCUUCCCCUCCGUGCCCUUCUUCGCCCGCAGCAUCUGUGAGGAUACACAUAUCAAUGGCUUCAAAGUGCCCAAAGGCACUAAUGCCAUCAUCAUCACUUAUGCCAUCCACCGUGACCCACGCUUCUUCCCGGACCCGGAGGAGUUCCGUCCGGACCGUUUCCUGCCUGAGAACUGUGUGGGCAGGCACCCGUACGCCUACAUCCCCUUCUCCGCUGGACUCCGCAACUGCAUUGGUCAGCGGUUUGCCCUGAUGGAGGAGAAGGUGAUCCUAGCGUCCAUCUUGCGUUACUUUGACGUGGUGGCAUGUCAGUCGAGGGAGGAGCUGCGUCCAAUGGGAGAGCUUAUCCUGCGGCCCGAGAACGGCAUCUGGAUCCGGCUGGAGAGGAGGAAACGCCUGUCAACUGCUUAACAGCACCACCCAACACUCCACAGCCUAAACAGUCUAAAGCAACACACCACAGCCCAAGAACAAACAACAAAUAACAACACGUACAUACAGGGUUAUUAAACAGGAGCGUCCUUUGAGAUUAACCCAAACUAUAGUGCUACUGUAUAACAACAAAGUUAGUAAGGGAAUGGUAGGAGCCUUCAUUAUAAGAGUAUAACUCAACAUUGCAAAUACAGUGCAUGAGAGCAAGCAUAGUUCAUACUGUAAAUAGCUCACUGUAAUAAGAUCACACAGUGCUACAGUUCAUAACACUGUGAUAUAUGCACAUCUGCAUCAGUACAGACAGCUUUGAAGUUAUUUUGGUAAUUACCUGGCAUAUGACAAAUCAGAGCAUCAUACCAGUUCCACUGUGUAACAAUCUCCCAAAUGACUCAACUCUGAAUAUUCAGUUUGUUUGACUUUAUAAGGAUCUGAAUAUGCAAUACACUUACAUGAAUGUACUUUGGUAUCAGGAGAGCUAGUGAAUUCAGAACCAUCUGCACAUCACAAUAACAAAACAUGAGCCUGAUCCCAGGGAAAUGCAGUGUGCCUUUUCCCUUAACUUGAAAGACCUCCUUCCCAAAGAGUUUGCCUAAAUGCCCUGCACUCUGGGGCCAGUUGUUCAAUGUGGAGCCUUUGAAGCAGCAGUGCUUUGAUAGGCUGCCUAUCAGCUUGGUGCCCUCUCCCUCCGGUAGCGCUCUCUUAUCCUCUUUCUUUCUGCCCCGGGCAUAACUUAAGAGAGUGCAAAGACUUCACCCCUGUUGUGUUUGAUUUGCAGCUUACACACACACACACACACACACACACACACACACACACACACACACACACACACACACACACACACACA